UGGCUUCCCGCUAGGUAUACGGUCAAACGAAUCUGACUGCCGACCAACCAAAAGCAGGCAGUCGUACGAUAGCUCAGUCAACAUAUCUCUCAAUUAAGUUUGGGUUCAGAUAUCUUAUGUAACAUACAAGUGCGAGGGAACGAUGUCGUAAAUWUCUGGAGUGAYCUGAAGUAAGCCAUAAUAGUGAAGAGGGAAGAGGAGUACCCCUUUUCGCUCGAAGUAACUGCCGUACGAAAAGAAAAAUCUAUAAGAAAUGAUAUCAUUGUAGUAUUUGGUGGACGCACCUCACUGGCAGAUCGUUGGUAGGCAUGAUUGCGGUUGGUUGGGUAGCAUUUCUAUACAAGUGAACGCUUGGUGUUUGCGUCGCUGAAAAAACGCUUACUAAUUGAACACAUUGGGUGCAAAACGGCUCAGUUUUGCUGCUAUGACAAACCAAAUUAAGCUGGGAAUCCACAUCUUCUUAACGGCUGCAGUUCUCGACGCUUUCAGGAUUAAUGGCCACGUAUACMCARAUAGAAAUGGAGACGCAGCAAGUCAAGGAAWCACUCAAUGGCUCGAUAACACGAAAAUGUCAUCAAAUACGAAAGAUUUCCCGCAAAUAAUGUUGAGUAGACCAGAUGGUAACGAACGCGAACAUAACGUUCAAAACAAACCAUGGCAGACGUUCAAAGAAAGUAUACUACAGCGGCAGCGUGCAUUGUCAAAUGUUCAGUUUGUGAAAAUGUCAAGGGAAGACAUUAUGGAUGCUCAUAGAUCGUUAGCUGUGUUACAAGCCAGUCAUACCGARGGGCGUGUUCAUACUGGUAUCCUUAGCCUGGUAGCAGCAGUAAUGUUAGUGGUAGUACUAGUAAUCUGUAUCCAUGCACCAUGUACGUGUCUAUGGAGACGUCGUCAUAGAAGCGAUCUUGAAGUCGAUCUCAUCAGCUGUCCUAACCCUACUGCGCAUGACGGCAAAUGCGGUAAAUGUUUGUAUGAUAAAGUAACAAGGAAACGUGCUUCCAAAUUUGGAUUCUCUAAACGACCGUUCUCUUCACCAGCUUCCAUAGCAACCAUCAACAAGGAAGAACUCUACAUGCCUUACGAAAAUCAGGUGACUAAUACACGUAAUGUGAUUGGUUGAUAGUGGAGUCUCWAKUCCUAAGAMAUCAUU